CCCCCCCUCGCAUCAUCAUGGGCUGGCUGCAGCGAGCUUGAGUUCACUUCAUGAGCAAUGACAGCUGAGAUCUGCCCUUGAAGGCAACACUUGCAUUCAGCAUGAAGGCUCCUGCUCCUGCUGCUGCUGCUGCUGCUGCACACGAGACUCAGCGAGUAGGAGAAGACUCCAUGGCGAAACUUACGGAGGACUGAAUCUUCUGCAAAGCGCAAUCAGAGUUGCCUUUCCAAAUCCCACAGUCUUUUUUUUUUUGGGGUGGGGGGUUUUUUGCUCCGCGCACCAUGGGGAUAAGACACCUUCUGUUACUUCUCAUUUAUCUGGAUCCACUGAGCGUGUUGAGCGCGGCCACGGGUGGGAAAAAACCCAAACAGACGACACGGAAGCUUCCCAAAGCCACAGCGGCGCCGACGGUGGGCGCGCAGCCCAAGACGCCGCAGCCCGCUCCGGUCAGCAACCACGACACCUGCCUCGGUUACUACGACGUCAGCGGGCAGUAUGACAAAAUGUUCGAAUGCAACAACACGGACCAUCGCUACUGCUGCGGGACUUGCUACCUGCGCUUCUGCUGCGAGUACAAGAAAGACAGACUGGAUCAAAAAGCCUGCAAGAACUACCAAACGCCGGUGUGGGUGCAGACGGCCGCUCCGUCUCCAGUGCCGACGGGGGAGACUUUUGAGGGCAUGGACCAGACCAACACGGCGGUCUACAUCACCUGUGGGAUCAUAGCCUUCAUCAUAGUCAUGGGAGUGUCUGCCAAAGUUGCUUAUGACAAAGCCACAGAGCCGCCACAAGAAAUGAAUAUACACAGGGCCCUUGCUGACAUUUUGAGACAACAGGGGCCCAUCCCCAUCUCUCAAUACGACUGUGAGAACUUUGCGGCGAUGAACAGCUCGUCCAAAGACAACACACCUGUGAGAACCUCCUCCAAGAACCACUACACUCCUGUUCACCCCUCCAAAUCCAACCACGGUCAUUAUGGGAAGGAGAGUGUGCGGAGUAGUGGCGGCGGCGGCGGCGGCGGCGGCGGCGCAGACCUUCACAACUUCAUCUCCUCUGGCUUUGUGACAUUGGGGCGAGGUCCUCAGAAAGGAGAAAAACAUUGGCCCGUCCGCUCCCAGAGUCACCAUGGUACCCAUCAGCACAACUAUAACCAUGUGGCUCUAGGUAGCCCCAUACGCACACCUAAGAAUGCUCACCGAUCAUUGAGGCGUGACAACAAUCGGAUAAGUGGCAUCCUGACCUCGCAGACGGAGCCCUACGACCUGUCUUUUUCACGCUCCUUCCAGAGUCUGUCCCACCUGCCGCCCUCCUACGAGGCGGCCAUCAAAGCCGACCUCAGCCGCUUCUCGUCUUUGAAGAAACUGACAGAUAAAGACGUCGAGGACUACUACACUCGGAAGAGACACCUGCCUGACCUGGCAGCAAGAGGCACUCUUCCCUUGCAUGUUCUCAAAAUCACUCAAGACCAGCAUCGGGAACAGCAGCAGCUUCAGAGUCAGGUUCCACAGUCUUCCAUCAUGCAGGCAACUCCCCAGUCACAGUCCUCUCAACAGCAGUCCCAGCAACGACAAAGGCCCCGACGAGUCCAGAGAGCCAUGUCCCAAGAUCGGGUGCUGUCCCCGCAGAGAGUCCCACAACAGGAUUACAACCCAUCCUCCAACGGGAUGUCCCCUUACGGAGGCCGGAUUCUGUCGGACGAGCAGCUGCUGUCUGCCGAACGUCUUCGAUCCCAGGAGCGCCUUCUUCCGCAGGACCGCCAUACUUCCCAAGACCGCCUGUACACCAAAGACCGCAUGUACUCCAAGGACCGACUUCUCUCCCAGGAACACCUCUAUUCAAAAGACCGCCACUACUCUCAAGAACGACUCUACUCACAAGAUCGCCUGUACUCACAAGACCGCCUUCUAUCCCAGGAUCCUCUGCUCUCCCCGGACAAGCUGAUGUUGUCGCUGAAGCGCGGCAUGGUCAGCAGUAUCUCCGGGGAGUUUUACGGAAGCGACAAGUCCAUGUCGCGUGCCAUCUCGCACACAGACGUCUUCAUACCCACCACGCCUCUUAUGGAUCGCUACAAGAUGACCAAAAUGCACUCCCAUCCCAGUGCCUCGAACAACGGCGGUGGCGGCGCCGGAACUCAGGCGGCGGCGGCGGCAGCGGCGGCGGCGGCAGCGGCGGCCCCACACUCCAACACUUUAGCAAUGAACCAGACUGUAUCCAAGCGGCAGGCGUUUGCCGCCAGACGGACUCACACUGUGGAGCAGCUCCACUACGCCCCGCAGCAUCACCAGCAGCAGCAGCAGCAGCAGCAGCAGCAGCAACAUCCACAGCAACAUCCACAGCACUACCGCACAGGAAGCAAGACUGAGGUGACUGUGUAAUGGCAACCAAGGAGUGCCUGAACUGCACGGACAAAAACACAACUGGCCUUGGUAGGCUGCUGUGCUCACUAUUCUCUCAGAGUAGGACUUCACUUUACUUUGACCCAUGUUCCAGGACCAAGAACAUUCACUAGCUUAAUGUGAGAGACCGGUAAAACCAGCUACACUGUACACUGCAUUCAGAGUAUUUUAAUUUGGCAAAAGUCUCGCUUUCAUAUGCCGAAUACUAUAGCUCCCUCCAUCUUCAUUCUCUUAUCCGUCCGUGUACAGGCCCUGGCCCUGGCCCUGGCCUCAUUCUCAAGUCUCGACUGACCCUCUUUGUCCAGCCAAUCGACAACAUCUACGAACAUUUGGGGCAAAUUACAAAGGGCUUUGCACAGUGGAAACCCACGGGCCAAAUUCCUCCUUGAUUUCUGAUGUGCAACACAGAUGAUGAGCUUGGAUGAACCUGUAAUAACCUUAUAAAUAUAUAAAUAAAGCAAACAACGUGCACCCUGUCCUACUCAUAAGUGAAAAGCAUCUGAAAUUUGCACUUUCAGGUGCCUCCAACAGAUGUUCCAUUUCCAAAAUUGAAGUGGUUAUGUGGGUUACAAAGCACAAUCGUGAUAGAAUCAUAAUUAUAUUUCAGAGUUUUUAGUGAUGGCUAGCAUUUUUUUUUGCAAGUGAACCAUGACAAUGAUAUAUUUUGGUUUCUUUUGCUUCAAGUAGAUGAUUGUAAAUAAGCUAUAAUGUAAACAUUAUCCUGGAUAGAUCCGAACUGAAUGGACUUGGUAUUAGAGUGUCUGUUUUCAAUGGAUUCUUAAAAAGAAGGACUAAAAACGAUCACUGUUUUGUAAAUUCAGAUUAGAAACCCACUUCAACAAGUAUUUGACAGGAGAAAAAAACAACUAUAUUGUGCGUGUCUUUGCAAAACUGUUUGUAGGGAGAAAGGAACGACUGUGUGACGAUUAAAAAAAAGAAAAAAUACAAAAAACACUGUUCAUACUUGGAUGUGUAGCGUGUUCCAUUGACAUCACCGAUUACGAAAAUGGAUUAUAAUGCUCAUAGGGACAAAUAAACAUUCAUAUUUUUUUAAACAUUCAA